AUGACCAAGCAAAGCGCUGUUAAACUGAAAGUGCAGCUGCCUGUAAAGGAUGACGUGACAGAGAGUGAGCGUGAAGUGAAGUGCGAGUAUUUGAAUGGAAAGGAGGACAGCAGCAUUGUGAUUUUGUGCGGUAGUAGUGAAUCCGAGACGAAGCAGUCGAGUGACAGCAGUGCCAGUUCUUCCGACACGUGCGAUUGGGAGGAAAAGUCGAGGAUAAGAAGGACUUUCAGGACUAAGGAGCUCUGUAAUGGAGAUUAUAGUGAUAAAGAGGAUAGUGACGAGAAAAGUGAGCUGGAGGAGACGACGUUACAACAUAUGGACGGGCUGAUCAAGACAGAAGAAACUGAAGAUGGGGUAUGCUACAACGAGCCAUUAGAUCAAGACACGGACUCAGAUGAUGACGGUUGGCCGAUGCUGUUACAGGAAGAGCGAGAUGCUGAAAAAAACCAGAAGAAAAAGGAUGAAAUUGUCGAUGAGAGCGACAAAGAAAGUGAAGAAGAGUGGCUUGACGAUGAAUCGAGGCACCAGGAGGAGGAAGAGGAGAGAGUCGUUUUGCAAGGUGACAUUAGCCAAGCAAGGUUUGUACUGCGGAAUAUCACGUCGCGGAUUCCCCUCAUCGAGGAGACGGCGAUUCGUCGUGGUGUGAAACUUUCAGGGCCGCCACUUGAAUUUGCUACGACGCACUUGGAUGAGUAUGCACGAAAAUUCCGAUGGCCUCAGCAUGUUCGGAAUCUACGGAAUACAAACUUUUCACAGGAUCCGACCGAGAUUCUAGAAGAUUUCGAGCUGCUGACAACAGCUAAACAGUCAGAGUCCGAGCUACCUGUGUCUUCCUUUCUGCUAAAGCAAACUGAGCGAGAUGUUUCGCAGGAUAGCGCUUUUGCUCAGGUACCACGUCCUAUGGUGGCACUAGCAGCUGGCACGCUGCGCCGAUCUCUGCGAAAGCGAAAACGCACAACACAAGAGGUUGCAUUCAGUGAAUUGCCUUCAGCACACACACUGCUAAAUGUCGCCCGAGUUGGCGGACAGUUUGGUGACCACUUUGUCGAGUCGUUGCUCUCAUCUAAUGGGAAAGCACUGCAAGGCAUUGACGAUGAAUACUGUAACGAUAUCGACAAGCGUUGCUGGUCCUCACUUCCGACGAAGAAAAAGCCAAUUGCGAACUGGAGAUUUGUUCUUGAGCACGUACGAAGAACCAUGGGUAGUUCAACAGGUUCUUCCGACGCUGUGUACCCGCCCAUGAAGCAACAAACAAUAGAGCGCAUCACACACCGCCUGAAAAAGCUACACGGCUGCACAACGCAGCACGAAGAAAACGAUAUUCUUGAGAGAGGAACACCGAGCAAAGAAAUGGAAGAGAGGCCACUUUAG